GCUGCUCCGGCGGCUCCUCGUCCCCGGGGGUAGGAGGGAGAUGCCUUUACCGUGGUUUUUCCACCCCCAGCCCUCUCCGUGCCGGGGGGGGCGGUGAUGUGGAGCCGGGAAUGUAGAGGAAAACCCUCCCCGGGAAGGAGCGACCAAAACAAAUCCCUCGCCGUGGCUUUGGCGGCCGCGCAGUGCCCGGGGAAGCCCGAGCAGCCCCUGCCAGCGCCGGGGAAUCCCUCCUGCAGCCCCCGGCGGCGCCCCGGGCGCCCGCGGAGCAAGCUUCAGGAAUGGAGCUGUCUGUCUGAAGAGGAUUCUGCCCAAAUAUUUGUAGUCUCCAAGCUCAUUUUUCUACAGACUCUGGUGUUACAUCUAUCUUUUUCAGAAUGGCUGAGAAAGCUCCACCAGGGAUCACCAAAAAGUCUUCAAGGUCCACCCUUUCUCUUCCUCCAGAACCAGUGGAGAUCAUUAGGAGCAAAGCCUGCUCGCGGAGAGUUAAAAUAAAUGUUGGUGGACUCAACCAUGAAGUGCUGUGGAGGACUUUGGACAGACUUCCAAGGACACGAUUAGGAAAGCUCAGAGACUGCAAUACCCAUGAAUCUCUGCUAGAAGUAUGUGAUGACUAUAAUCUGAAUGAAAAUGAGUAUUUUUUUGAUCGACACCCAGGGGCUUUCACUUCCAUUUUGAAUUUCUACAGGACAGGGAAACUACAUAUGAUGGAAGAAAUGUGUGCUCUCUCUUUUGGCCAGGAGCUUGAUUACUGGGGGAUUGAUGAAAUAUAUUUAGAAUCUUGCUGCCAGGCAAGAUACCAUCAAAAGAAAGAGCAAAUGAAUGAGGAACUGAGGAGAGAGGCAGAGACAUUGCGAGAGAGAGAAGGGGAAGAGUUUGACAAUACCUGCUGCCCAGAGAAAAGGAAGAAGCUUUGGGACUUGCUUGAGAAACCCAACUCAUCUGUUGCAGCAAAGAUUUUGGCCAUUGUGUCCAUUCUGUUCAUCGUCCUGUCCACUAUUGCUUUGUCUCUUAACACACUGCCAGAACUUCAAGAAACAGAUGAAUUUGGGCAGCCAAAUGACAACCCUCAGCUAGCACAUGUUGAAGCUGUGUGUAUUGCUUGGUUUACCAUGGAGUAUCUUUUGCGUUUUCUGUCCUCACCAAAUAAGUGGAAGUUCUUCAAAGGCCCAUUAAACGUCAUUGACUUACUGGCUAUUUUGCCCUACUAUGUCACCAUUUUCCUCACAGAGUCCAAUAAAAGUGUCCUGCAGUUCCAAAACGUCAGACGUGUGGUUCAGAUAUUUCGAAUUAUGAGGAUCCUAAGGAUUCUUAAGCUCGCCAGACAUUCAACAGGACUUCAGUCUUUAGGCUUUACACUCAGGCGGAGUUACAAUGAAUUGGGCUUGUUGAUAUUAUUUUUAGCCAUGGGAAUAAUGAUAUUUUCAAGUCUUGUAUUCUUUGCUGAAAAGGAUGAAGAUGCUACAAAAUUUACAAGUAUUCCUGCAUCAUUCUGGUGGGCAACAAUCACUAUGACCACUGUAGGAUAUGGUGACAUUUAUCCUAAGACCUUGUUAGGUAAAAUAGUUGGAGGACUUUGCUGUAUUGCUGGAGUGCUGGUCAUAGCCCUGCCCAUACCAAUUAUUGUGAACAAUUUCUCAGAGUUUUAUAAGGAGCAGAAAAGACAGGAGAAGGCAAUUAAGAGGAGAGAAGCACUUGAGCGAGCUAAAAGAAAUGGCAGUAUUGUCUCCAUGAAUCUGAAAGAUGCCUUUGCUCGCAGUAUGGAAAUGAUAGAUGUAGCAGUAGAUUCAGGAAAGCUUGGAGAACCACUCAGUCCAAAGGAGACACCUGAUGACAGCCAUCUGUCCCCAAGCCGGUGGAAAUGGGCCAGAAGGACAAUGUCUGAAACAAGCUCAAACAAAUCUUACGAAAACAAGUACCAAGAAGUUAGUCAACAAGACUCCCAUGAGCAAUUAAACAAUGCUGCAGCAUCCUCCAGCCCACAGCACCUCAGUGCCCAAAAACUGGAGAUGCUGUAUAAUGAAAUUACUAAAACUCAGUCUCAGCCUAAUCUUAAUUCUGGUUACCAAGACCAGUCAGCAAAGCCACCCAGUUAUGAAGAAGAAAUAGAAAUGGAAGAAGUCAUAGGUCAGAGAGAUCCGGUGCCAGCUCAGCCUGCAGACAUCGUGAUGGACAUGAGAAGCACAUCCAGCAUCGACAGCUUUGCCAGUUGUGCAACUGACUUCACGGAAACAGAGAGGUCUCCCCUCUCUCUGUUUCCUGGCUCUCACUUGCAAAUGAGAUUUCCAACUGAUGCUAUUAACCUGGAAGAAAACCAAAGAGCAAGAAGUUCUCAGUUUAUACCAUUUGCAAAAGACAGAGGAUUUUCUCCAACUGAUAUCACCUUUGACUAUAAUCCAAUCAACAGAGCUGUUAUCAGUGAUGGCAGUGGGUCCCAAACUGUUUCACAUGGUCAUUUUCAUUUUGACACUGCCACGGAAAGCCCAAAAAGCUCCCUGAAAGGCAGCAACCCAUUAAAAUCUAGAUCCCUUAAAGUUAAUUUUAAAGACAAUAGAGGUGGCGCUCCACAAACUCCACCAAGCACCGCAAGGCCACUGCCAGUGAUAGCAGGAGGAGACUUCACACAGGCCACCCCUCAGCACAUCAGCACCAUUCUCCUGGAAGAAAACUCCCCCCAGGGUGAACGGCCCGUACUUGGUGCUGACGCAUCUGCACUUUGUCAGGGACCUGCUAAAAAAUCAUCCCCUCUCUUUCCCAAACAAAAGAUUUUCACUUUCCCGUCAAAAGAGAGGAGGAGCUUCACUGAAAUAGACACUGGAGAAGAAGAAGAGUUUAUGGAGUUGCAUGGUGUGAAACAUGAGAAAAAACAGGAUAUCAAGACAAAUUGCUGUGGGGAUAAACACGGUGAUGGCAACAAUUUAACAGGGGAGCCACAGGUCAGCUCUUCACCCAAAAGCAUGAGCCACAACUGUACUCAAGACAUUUACCAUGCUGUGGGUGAGGUAAAGCCAGACAGUAACCAAGAAGGUCAUAAAAUGGAAAACCAUUUAUUUGCUCCAGAAAUUCAUUCAAGUCCAGGAGAAACUGGUUAUUGUCCCACACGCGAAACUAGCAUGUGACUAGUUACAGAAGCAAUAAAAAUAUCUUUUCUUAAAAAACAGUUAGUAAUGCCUAUGAACUAAAACAUGGAAAGCCUCAACAAAAGUGCAUAAAAUGUUAUUUUUGCAUGGCAUGAAGAGUUGUUUAGUUUAAAUACUGUUUAAUUGAAAAAAAAGACUUCUUUUGUAACAAACUGAAAAAAACAGGGAAAAAAUUACUCAAGCAAGGUGAAUACAAUAAAGAAAGCUUUAUUAGAAGCCAGUGGUCUGCAACAUCUGACAUUUGUGAUCCUUUCACUUAUGAUUGUAGGCAGGUUUUGAACUCUUUUUUUUUCUUUGGUUACAAUGAAUUUUAGAAUUUGCACAUGAAAGGAUGAAAUGUCAAUGCAUGCAUUCAUAAGGAUGUGAAACAAGGUGCUUUGAGCUUGCAAAAUGCUUACACUUGUAAAUAGUUUGGGGUUGGGGGGAAAGCUACUGUUAACAAGGAUUUAUGGAAAAAGCAUUUCCUGGGACACAGGUACUUCCUUCACAGCGUGCUGCCUGGAGGUUUUGUACAGACUUAUGUUGCAAAAUUGCAACUUCUACUUAAAGCAUCUCACGUAUCUUGCUUUCUGUUAAAAAGCUCAUGAGUAUAUCUGUUAAUUAAGGACUACAGUAUUUUAGUUUAUCUGUGCUAUAAAUCAUUAUGGGUUUUUUUUACUUGCAGAACUUCAGUUAUUGCAUUUGUCAGCUUAAUUAAUGAUCCUGUGAGGAAAAGCAAAGAUUUAAUGACCAGAACUUAAAACAUUCAAUAUUUUUAUAGAAAAUUGCCAAGAUUUCAUUAAAAAAAAAAGUUCCAUUUUAAAAUUUAAAAAUCAUAGUUAUUUCUGUGGCAAUACAUAGUGCCAAACGGCUAUUCAGAUAUAUCCAAAAGUUUUCAACCUCAUAGAAUAUACCUUGGUAUUAAAGGUAUAUACCUUGGUAUUAUUAUAUACCUUGGUAUUAUUAUUUUUGCUUUGAUUUAACACUAUGUGCUUCUACAUGAUCUUUAAACUCUUACCAUUCAUUCUGCAUGCAGUGCUCAUACUUCAGUAAUGGCAAUGUUGUUGAAGCUGUUAUGUUGUAAGGACAUAGGAGACAAAGUUUGUAGGAAAAAGUGGUACCUUUAGUUAUCAUAAAUCAUAUAGCUGGAGAAAAAAUGGCUUCAAGUACAUGUGAUUUGCCUCAGGUCUUCCAUAUCCCAAAGCUUGUUUGUAUUUUUCAGUUCAGUCAUUUGGACUGACAGAAAUCACCAACUUUGCCUCAACCCAUCCUUCCAUAGCUGUUCUGAAAUGGAGUACAGGAUUUCCACUAUGCUUAAACAAAAGAAAAUGUCAAUCAUUCCACUAAAAACUGCCAAAGCAAAUCAUUUCUCUGAUUUCUCCAUCUUUGUAAAAGAAAGAUGCUGAACCAAAGCCUUCAUUACAAAAUACCCAUCUAAUCACUGUCUUGAAAAAGCUAUUUUUUAUUUUAUCCAGAAUCCAUAGCUUCCUAUGCUAUAAAAUAUUUUUAAAAUCUUGUAGAUUGCUUUAAUUCCCUAAAUCAUAAAAAUUUUGUUCAAUUCAUGAAUUCUAAUCAUAAACAAAUGUAUGCAGUUACACAGACAUGUCCUAAAACGAUUUUUUUUUGUUUUUUUUUUAAAGAAGACUUAAAAGUACUUUAGACCAAUCAAUGCAUGGUUUGGAACAGCAGGCUUUUACUUACCAUGGUGGAGCUAGGUUAAUUUUUACUUAAGUCUUUUCCUGUCACUUGGAUAUGUAAAAACCAGGCACUUAAUGCAUUUAGUGUAAAAGAACAUUUUUGUUCCUUUACACUAAAAGAAUAUUUUGCAUUUUUGUUACAACGUGGCCCUUUGCCUGAAAUGGCUGGGCCAAUGCCACAGACCUCACUCAAGCCUGGCACACAGAAAACAGGCAAGUUUGAAGAGCCCCAGAAUACUGAUCCUGGUGGCUGGGCCAAACAAUGAGCACAGCACAAUCUUUUAGGGUUUGGUGAUUUUUGUUUUGUUUUGUUUUUUUUUUUAAGUUUUCUAUAUUUUUAUCAGUUUUCUUAUUUCCAUAACAAGAUAAUAUUGAGGUGUCUCUUUAGUCAUGUGAAUAACCAAGAAUAUAAUGUCUUUCUUUCAAACAAUGUCUGGUCAUUAAUUCUCAAAAUAAAAUAUUUUUUUUGUCUGUAAUUACAGUUCUUUUCAACUUGUUGCUGCAUUCAGUUUUAUGUAUUUAUAUUGUAUUCUGUGUAACAUUUUUCAAUUAUGUUGUGUCUCACUGUCCCCAAAUUUAGCUAUUUAAUAUUUUAUAGUUAUUAAUCUUCUACAUUUAUUUUUUAGUUUCUAGAUAUUUUCAGUGACAAAAACUAAAUGCCAGUCAAUUUUUAUAUGUCUGAAGUGUUGGUUUGUAUUUUCUAUGUGCAGUUUUAUGAAAUCACAUGGGCCUGUUCGAUCUGCCUUUACAUCCUAGUGAACUAUUGAAGUCCAAAUUAAGACCAAAUGGGACCUGGUCCCAUGCUCUGGAUCCACAGAAAAUUCCCAUUCAAGACAAUGAUGUUGUUCUGGCAAGACUGAGGUCUGUGUCAUGUUCCUUGUGUGUGCUUUUUGUCCCAGGUGACCCUUAGGCUUUGGAAAAGCCCCUUAGACCUAUGCCACAUGAUGGAAAGGGAGGAGUCCAGCCAUAGGGAAUGUAUUGCAGGAACAGAGAUUUAAUUCCUUCAGCUCUCCUGAGCUGAACUUCAUGCAAACCUGAUUCUGGCCUAUUAAAAUCACUAAAAAUUUAAAAGGAGUGAAAUCAACACCUCAAUCCUUGUGCAAAUUAAUUCCCCCUGAAACCAAUGGGAGUCUGGUGGAAAAAGGGACUGACUGAAAUAUAAAUGAGAAGAAUGAUAGUCUCUCCUUCUUGAUGAAAAUUAACAGGAGCUUUAACUAUAUAAAUCAGAUGAAAGACCAGGCCCUUAUUUGCUGCUGUAUUUUAAAUGUUUUCAGAGAAGCAUAUUUAUUUUGAAAGCAAAAGAAAUGCAAUUCACUUUAUUAACAGAUACUUUAUUUUUUUGAAACACUGGAAGCAAAAUGAUUAAUCUUUAGAAGUGCUUUUGGUCUAGUUUUGUUAUCUACUUUUGACUAUGCUGAAAACUAUUUCCAGGAGCACUGGUUUAGACGUGGUUUUUCAGUCAAGACUGGACGUUGCAGUCCAGUCUUGACUGCAUACAGGAUCCAUCUCUGAAUACUUAGCUUGUAUAAUUCCUGAUUAAAACAUCUACUUGAGCAGUGGCAGGAUUGGAUCUAGCUUUCUAGCCAGUGCAGCAGGUGUAAGAAGUGCAGACUGGGAUCACUUCAUUCAUCAUGAGUUGAUAUGCAGCAAAUUAUGCAAAAUUACACAAGUAUACUUUUCUGGUUUUCUAAAACUUUGAAGCCAUUUCGGACCUAUUACCCAUUCACCACAGUAAGGGGAGAAUGUGUCUGAGUUCUGGAGUCAAUCUCUAAUGCCAUCUGUGCAAUUUCUAAACUUAAGGAGUCUUAGGAAGAAGUGACUCCUUUGUGCACCUGAAAGGGGCCUGACUCCUUGCAUCACUGGAAAAUGAAGAAUGUUCAGGGAGAUAGGUUUGCAAUUGAUCUAUUUUUUAUAUUUUUUUACUAACUGCAGAAUCUUGAAUCAAAGUUUUAAUUCCUUUUCAAUGACAAAACCAAAUGCACAUAUUUUAAAAAUGUUCACAGAGUAAUUAGAAGAGAUUUUGAGUAAUAGUCACAGUAAUCCAAAUCUGGGUGGGGGGUGGGGGGGAAUAAUAUAUCGCACAAACUGCAAAGGAAGUUCCUACAGGAAAGCUGUUUACAGGGGAAGUAUGUCAUGUAAAGAAUGUAACAUGGUGUAGGAAGUUUUUGCACUACCGAAUUUAUAUAAAAUACACUUUUUUAAAUGAAAACACAAAAGGCCUUUUAAUGCUACAUUGUAUAGAAUAUAGAAGCCUCUGUGCUAACGCAGCAGUCUAAUGCACUGUGUCCUCACUUCACAAUUGGUCUCAAAAUUCAAACAUUAGUGAUGUUAGAGGUGAUAUCUGAUCUAAUACUAGAGCAACGGACAUGAAGAGCCUUUUAGCACACUAUUAUGUAACCCAAAUUGUGUACAGACAGUUGUGGUUUUGCCUAUAACAUUCACAAAUCAAAAUAACAAUUGGCUUCAUGAAUCAUUUCCCAGCAGGUAAUACAGGGCAAUGUAUUUGUAGUCCUUGAAAAACACUGAGUUCUUUAAAAGUAGACCUCUUCCCCUACAAGUUAACUGAGCUUCUGUUUCCUUCAAGGUUUACCUUCAAGUUAUUUCAUUAACUGCUUCAACCUCAUCUCUAAACCACAGUCCAGGUCAAAAAGACAGUUUUCUUGAAGCUCUGUUGCAGAUAUAGUCAGACUGGUAAAAAUGUCCAGGGUUUAACUGAUUGGCUUUUUGAUUAGAAUAAUUUUUAAAUCUCUUGGAUAGAAAAUGUAUUUUUUGAUCAUGCAAAACAUAUAUUAGAAGCAAAAUAAUGCAACAAAUACGCCUUUGUUUUUUUCUAAGUAGCCAGCACAGAUCAAGCAAGAAAUGCAAAUACAACAAAGGGGGGAAAGAAGGGCAGAAAACUGUAAGUAAACAAGGCAUGUUUUAGUGUACUAUAUAAAAAGAGAUGUAAUAAAUCAUUUGUAAAAGAAUCCUUGUUCACACUAAAUGAGGUGAAAAUGCUAGUAGCAAAAGAUUUAAUUCCACUUCUUCUCCAUCAUAAUUUUUUAACCUAGAACCAAAAGGUUCAGCAAUGCUAUUAUCCACUCGCCUGCCACAUGAGUAUCUGAUCUGUAAUCAUUCUUCAGAAGACUCCUGAAGAGUAAGAUAUCACAUGUUGGUGUCUUUGGAUCUCUUCCCGUUUCCCUCCCAAUAUCAACCUUCUACUUCUUCUUGGGAGCAGACAGAAGGCAGCCCACCCAACAAGAUUACAGGAGUGUCUUGGUUGUCAGGAAAGUGUUUUGGAAGUGUGGUGCAAAUGGCCAAAUGCUACAUUUGAACCAAGGAACAAGAAGUGAAUGUCACUUCUCCCUGUUUUCUAGUUGUAAAGUCCUCUGAAUUCUCUAGUGUCCCCACAGUGUACCCAUCCUUCAUGAGAGAGCUUUCAGUGUUCUUGCAAGAACUUUUUUAAGGGCAGUUGACUGGUGAGUGCUAUUACGAGAGCCAUCAGUCUAAGGAUGAACGUUUGUCUUUUGUCCAACCUGGUUUUAUUAAUGGUACUCAGCUUUAACUCCAGCUGAAAUGCUUUCUAAAACAUGUGUUUUGGGAGCCAAACCCUUUGUGGGUCCUCUCUCAGUUUCCUUAACAAAGGAAGGUUAGGUAACUGGCAGGCAAAAAUGAAAGAAAAGAUUUUGUUUGCAUUGCGUGAUUGUUCAGUGACCAUACACCAUGGGACAUCUGCAGGUGGGGUAAUUUACUUGUCUCUCUGUUUAUUUUGUUCCAGAUUUAAACAGUAUUUUUUUAAAUGCUGAAUUAUGAUGUUUCAGAAGUAUUACCCUUUAGUAAAAUGGAGAUUUCCAGCAGUGACACUUUAUAAUACUAUAUUAUUAUUGAUUGAUAUUCAGUUGUCUUUUAUGACACCUUACAUAGAUCCUGAUGAAUACCACUGUGGAACAAGGAAGUAGCACACAAAUAUUACUGCUCUUUUUACUUAAAAGUAACUGUGUCCCCACUUCACAACUGGUCUCAAAAUUCAAACAUUAGUGAUGUUAACCAAACAGAAUGGUGACCUGUCAUUACCUUAGACAUGGACUGUAAUCCUGUGAUUAACAUAAACCAUGAAUCUAAGAGCAGUCUGUGCAACUAAUUUCACUAGGGUAAUUUUUAAAACUCAAAUAACUAUUUAAAUACACAUUUAGCAUCAGCAGGAAUAAUGGAAUAAUCCAGAAGUCUAUGGCUUUGUUUACACUGGCAUCUUAGACAAAACCAGGAGAGCUCUCUUGACAUGAAUGUCUCAGCUACUCACAAUUCUCAUGCUUUGGUUCACACAGCUGAGCAAUCCUGCACCAUGCAAAUGGGACUACUUUUAGGUGAAUCUGAACCACAAAACUUCUUCCCUGAGGGCACCAGCUAUGCUGAAGGCAGGACAAAGCAUUCAGGCCCUGAUACCAGAUAAGAGUCCAAAAAUUCUAUCCCAAUAGUGUAAACUGUCAGCACAACAUGUUUUCCUCAACAGAUCUCCUUGUAUUGUAUGACUUGCUAAUGUAGACAUAGAACUCUGCCAUGGCUACUCUCUUCAGCUCAUGUAGCUCUUGGCUCAAUCACUUAUUCAAGAAAAAAAAAAUUGCCAUUUUUCAUCAGUGGUAUUUCAUAAAAAAAGCAAUAUGUAGAUUAAAUUGUUCCCAGUGUUUUCCCCAAGUUAACACACAUAAAAUAAUUUAAACAAUGAUUUCUUGAUAACCUUUGGAUAGUUGUGGUUUGUAGUUUGGACCAAACUCUAUAUACUGCUUAUUUCUACAGUGAUUUUUCUCUAAAGUUGGUGUUACAUUUGAAGACAGUACAGACAGCAUUAAACUUACUCCAAAAUCAGUGGAAUGAUUAAACUAAUUGCAAGUAGUUUUAUUUCAUUUAACAGUAACCCUUACUUUAAACUGGUAUGAAUAAAACCAAAUUGCUGUGCAUUGAUGGAGGAUCAGAAGCCCAGCUUGAGUAUUUUGUGCCGAUUUGCCAUGUCUAGGUAUCUUCCUAUUUGGAUCACAAGCUGAAAUUUACUUAAAUUGAGGGACUAGUAGGGUUUUGGUUAUGUGCUUUGUUGCUGUGAUGUCUUGUGCAGUAAUGCAAGGAACAAAAAAGCCUAUUCCUUAUCUUACUUCUUUUAACCAUUUCAAGGUGGAGGACAUACGUCUUGUAGUGAUAUUUUUGCUCUAAGUUUUGCUCAGAUAGCAUCUCUCUAUGGAGGUUCAGAAUACAAAAUAUUUCUGCCUGUUCUUGAAGUCCUUAAGCAGAACACCAGUGGGAAUUCUGCCUUCAUAAAACUGAAGGAUGUAGCAAUAUAUUGUAGUGUUAGGCAAAAGGAACAGUUUCUAACUAUCACAAAAUACAUUAAAAAAUUUUAAAAAACCUACUGUUGGGGACAAUCAUGUGUACUUCUGCUAGAAUGCAGAGUUCUGGAUUUAUAUGAUUAAAUUAUCAGAGUUCUGCAGAGUUUUACCUGUACAACUCUCAAAAAUUCAAAGGAGCCAUGCUGAUAAGCUGAAACAGGGAGGGAUUAGUGUACAAAGAAGCUGAGCAUUGAAUACAUAGCCUAUUGCUUUAAGAUCACUGUAAAUAUCAAAUAUGUACUAAUUCAUGUUUAUAUGUUAUGACUGUGUUAGUUUCAUAGAUACAGUAGCAUGACUAUUAUCAGUUUUAUGGAGUUUAAUGAACUUUACUUUGUAUUCCUCUGUGAAUGCUCUGAAUGCUGCAAACAAAAAAAGCACAACAGUAUUUUUUCAAGUUCUCUUGGGGCAAGAGCAGUGUCUUCACUAUUGUUCAGUUUUACAGAUUUAGCAACAUUUCAUCAUACAUUGCUCUAUUAAUAACGUAUCUUUCUUUAAAAGUACUGUCACUAGGAGAUAAAAGCAUAUGUGAUAAGUCUUGUCUAAUCUCAUUCAUCUGCCUUUACAAAAUGCCCCAGACACUUUGUGGGAGAAUAUGCUGCUUUUGCUUCAUGCAUUGUGCUAUUCGGGGGUGGGGCAGGGGACUAAUAGGGCAUUUUGCAAUGGUAAUUGCAUCAAACAUGCUUUUUUUCAUUAUUAUUGUAUUUGUUAGAAACAUUUUGAUUUAGUUUCUUUCUGUAGAUAAAACUUUGACAAUAGCUUUUUUUUUCAACUAAACAUUUGAUUUCAUUAGACUAAUAACCUCUUACAUUUAGCGGUAUUCGUAUCAAUGUUUCCAUAUCAGCUGCAUUUUAACUUCAUAAAAAAGGAAAUGUUAUUAUUAUUUUUGUCAUACUAGAUUUUGCUGAUCAACUAAGUAUUUCUGCACCAAUCUACAUAUUAAUAUGCAUGUUGUAGUCUGUACAAUUGUUCAACAUCAAAAUAUCUGUUUAAUUUAUGUCAAAUGUCUUUAAAAUAAAUGCAUUGUUCUCCAUUUCAGUCUGAUAGAAUAAGCAGGAUAGUAAAUAAAUGUGUAAAUGAAUCAUCUGUGUCUCAUUUCAGUUCUCUUCAUGAAACCGCUUUACAUUGCACAUUGCAUAUACCAAAACAAAAAUCCAUACUGUCUUUGGGUGUCAUUACUUAACAAAAUUAUACAGGGAUCUGUAACAGACAAUGUGUGCAGAAAUAAAUCACUUGACUGCACAAAUAGAGUCAGAAUCCAUUCUAAAAAAAAAAAAAAAAAAAAAAAAAAAGUACUGAUUCUAAGGCUUUUUCUUCCCUCUCUGUUCAGAAUUACUGGUAAUUACUACUCGCACUGUCAUAGAUACAAAGCCUCAAAUGACU